CUUCUGCUUGCACUCCCCUUGAAGAAAGAUCACAAUCGGAUGACUCUUCCCCCAAGCCUUUGGCGGCUGCUCAUAUUUCCUGGAAAUUGCAUUGAGAUCUGGAUUCUAGAGACAAAGCUUCUAUUUUCAGUUCAGGAUAGACUAAGAGGCUUUUGAAGAAACGACUGUUUUGCAGCUAUCAUACCCCCCCACCCCCUCUACUGCUCUCCUGCUAUAGCUCAUUCCUUUCCUCCAAGUCCCAGAGGCACCAACUGAUGGAGAGACGAAGGAGAGAGUCAGGAUAAGGACAAGAAUUUGAACAUCAGAGAGAAGGAGAAAUAAUAGCUGAUUCGUCAGAAACAUUUUAGUAGGGCCCCUGAGAGGAUCACUUUACCCGCUGAGCUUUACAUCCCAGUUGUUCAGUGUGAUAUAAUAAUUGCUGUUUACAUUUCAAAUCUGUUGGCUACACUGAACUUCUCUGUGGUUCAGUAGAACUGUAAGGCAUUAAGUACAGAAGGGGAAACUUGGGAACUUUGAACAUGACAAGGGGGCUAAGAUUCCUGUGUUGGCCCCUGUGGCCUCUGGCCCUCCUCAGCCUACUCAGUACAGUGAAGAUGCUGGAAUUUGGUGGGGCGCCUGGUCAAUGGGCACGCUAUGGGCGCUGGGAAGCUGGAUCAGUGGGCGAACUGAGCUUCAGUCUCAAGACCAACAUUAGCAAAGCCUUGGUACUCUACCUGGACGAUGGUGGCAACUGUGACUUCUUGGAGCUGCUGAUUGCUGGUGGGCGCCUCCAGCUGCGCUUUGCCAUCCACUGUGCUGAGCCGGCCACUUUGCACAUGGAGACGGGAGUGAAUGAUGACCGCUGGCACAUGGUUUUGCUCACCCGUAACUUUCGUGAGACCCUCCUGAUGGUCGAUGGAGAAACGAAAGUGGCUGAGGUCAAGUCCAAGAGGAAGGAGAUGGCGGUGGUCAGUGACCUGUUUGUAGGUGGCAUCCCACCCGAUGUGCGCCUCUCUGCGUUGACGUCCAGUACAGUAAAGUACGAGCCACCCUUCCAGGGCUUGAUCUCCAAUCUCAAGGUUGGGGAGAUGCCUCCUACUUUGUUAAAUAGCCAGGGCAUUCAGAGCGACCUGGAGUACCUCUGCACCAAACAGAACCCGUGCUUCAAUGGAGGGUUUUGCUCUAUUCAGCAUGGAGAAGUUCACUGUGACUGCACCCACACCCGCUUCAAGGGGAAGUACUGCAAGGAAG